UGCCUCGUUCAUUACGAUAUUUCAAACGUGACGUCAUAUCCUCCAUCAGAACCCAGAAAAGUAACCACAUACGAAAAACGAUAACAACUCGUCAUUUAUUUACGAUAUCAGAUUUUAUAUUUGUAUUCGAAUGCUAAUAUUUAUCAGCCAUCUGUCCGAAUCGCGUCUUCCAUAAUCAACCGUGUCUUCUUUGGUUAGAAUGUCACGUCAUGAUGGCGUUAGUUGUGAUUCCUGUUUGAAAAGCAAUUUUCGCGGUAAGCGCUACAAAUGCCUGGUGUGUUAUGACUACGACCUGUGUGCAACAUGUUAUGAGGCAGGGGCCACCUCAACCAGACACACCAAUGACCACCCAGUCCAGUGUAUUAUCACACGAUCAGACUUUGAUAUAUUCUAUGGAGGUGAAGCUAUAACAUCGGAGCAACCGCAGGCAUUUUCGUGCCCAUACUGUACUAAGAUGGGUUUUACAGAGGCUAUGUUGCAAGAACAUGUCACCAAUGAUCACGCUGACACCACCGCCGAAGUGGUGUGUCCAAUCUGUGCGUCGUUACCUGGUGGUGACCCCAACCACAUGACGGAUGACUUUGCUGCACACCUGUCCCUGGAACAUAGGGCUCCACGAGAAUUCUCCAUUCACGAUGAACCGACUGGCAUUCGACAUGUCCGACGCAUACCACACCCAGGUCGCGGUAUGAGUGGAGCUCGGAACCGCCGAGCUACGACCAUGCACUUCUCCGGCGCUGCGGGCAGCACUCUGGCGGGUCUGUCCCCCAGCGGUCGUGAAGCCAUGGACCCCAUAGCAGAGCUACUGUCACAGCUGUCGAGUGUUCGCAGUCGGGCGGCCGCAGCCCAGAGUGUUACCUCACAGCUACAGCAGCUGGAGAUGCAGUUACAGACAACCAGACAACAACUGGAGCGGACGCCUCGGAGGCAGGGAGCAGAACCCUUGAAGACUACAGCAGCUGGAGUUGUGGCUGGUACAGAGUCAGGGGCAACUACUGCUGCUGGAAACAACAACAACUCUAGUUCAAACUCCUCAUACUUACUUUCUAGGUUUACUGAGCCUGUGAUAGACGAAGGUGACGAAGACAAGGUCAGGCAGGAGCGCUCUGUAAGAAGCUUGUUUGUUCAGGAGUUGCUCCUCUCAACAUUGACUGAACACUUGACUUUGUCAGACUCCUCGCUCCUAGAUAACCUAGAUAAAUUACAAGGAUUGGGACUGGGAUGUUCCAGUUCCCUAUCGGAGUAUACAGAGACUGAAUCGGAUAAAAGUGAUAACGCCCAACCAGAGGGCGCUACUGCCAUGGAGAAAGAAAGUUUACCCAUGGCGAGUUCUAAAAGUACGAGUCCUGAGGCGGUGAAUAGUUCUGUGUUGGACAAUGGAACUGCAGCAAAGACUGCAGUCGGUCACAGAGUGGUCACAGAGAAAGUAGGAACAAAGCACAAGAAUGCCAGCAACCCACUUGGACCAGUGAAUGGUAAAGGGGCGUCCGGUAGUGGUGCAGGUGUUAUAACGGGGGCUCGCGUCCGCCAGAACACGCACCCGUACCAGAGUCCAGGGGAGUGGAAUAGUCAGGCGUUGCACCAUAACGUGCGCCAGAGUGGACUCAUGCAGAAUGCCGUAGAGUUUUCAAAUAAUUUGGCACUGAAUAUGGGCGGUAGAAGCAGCAGUGGGGCUUCGUAUGAUGCAGACAACCCGCAGCCACUUCCCGGUCGGCCCGGAUCGGCUGGGAGGGAACGGGAUGGGUCGCUGAAUCCGGCUGCUGCGAAGCGUAACAUGGUAAAACACAUACCAGCGUCAAAAGCAUCUGAUCGGGAACCACCCCCUCACUGAGGCAUUGUGGGUACUUUUGCGAAUAUAUAUAUUGAACAGUUUUUCAUGUAAAAAUUAUGAAAAAAUCGUUAUUUUUAUGUUUCCCAAAUACUUAUGGAUUUAUGUUUUACUAUUUAUUGUCUCGCUGGUGUCAAUGAGCUGAAAGGAAUAACUCUGAGCUGGAGUUUGGUCCAGAUGUGUUUUAACCACUUGUAACUAUGAGUAGAAAAAUGUAACCCUUUUUGUGGGCAAUUUGAUUGAUAUAUAACACAUUUUUGUUGAAGUUAAUCAAGUGAUAAAGUUGUGUAUCACAUUUCUGUUUCCUCAAUCGCAUGAUGUUUUAUGUAAGGUUUAUUUAUUUAUGUGGAUUUCUAAAGUGUCUUGAAAAAAACAUUCAUCUGCAGAAACAAACCUUGUGUAGGAGGAACUAUUGUACUUUGAAACAGAUACAGCUUGUAAUUGUUGCCUGUGUAUAAAGUGCUUUCUUUUUGUGAUAACAGUAGGUUAGAUUGUUCUGUAUUGACAACAUACUUGGAAGUUUCUUGUUAAUAAUACUUUUAAAAAGUUAAUUUUCCUACUUGUCAUUAUUUAUUCAGAGCCAUAAAAUUUGCAAAUAAAAAUUGUUGUUAAUUAAGCAGAGCUCUGGAAAAACUGUGGAAAAAGUAUAGAAUCAAAUUAAA